UCGAGGGUCCACAGAAAGAGUACAUGGGCUCGCUAGCGCGGCUUUUCGACAGCGCGCAGGUGCUCGGUAAGCUUCAUCCUUUCCCCCCCCCCGUGUCCGCAUAAUCCCUGUCCCUAUCUACCCUACCUACUGCAAGUUCUGAUGCAGCCCUGCCAAACUUCGAUCGCAUUUUUGAACUUGCUUCGCAUUUGCAGUGUAACCUCGCUUGCUGACGAUGAGUCAUCGCGACUCCACUACAGAUCAGAUAGCGCGUCAAGUGGAAGACCCCGGCUUGAAGCACUCCUCGCCUACGCAUGUUGGAUUGGAGCUGAGCAUUCGGCACGCAGCCGAGUUCUUCGCCUUCUACGUGUGUCGGUUUGUAUUGGCCGAUCUGGGCACGUUGUUGGACAAGUAUGUGAAGAGGGGUACCGAGUGGGUGCUCGCUUGAUCGAUGACGGACUUGUUGCCGUGCGAAGGGUCGUUUGCAGAGGACGAUGACAACUCGCUUGCGAGCGAUAUUACGGCGAUAAGAUCGAUGCGCAAUAAGCCAAGCGCCUCGCGACGGCUUCCUUGACAGUCGUACUCACGACUCGCCGAUUCCUGUUAUCUACUUCUCACGAGACCAUAGCCCACACGUACCUAAACGCGUUUGAUUGGGCGGGUCACCAGCUCUCAGAUGCACUACCUCUCCAACCUCAAAACCUCCUUAGCAACAGGAUAUCAGGUCGAGUCAGUCAUUGGCCACACUGAGGCGAGCCUACUUUAUCUCGCUUGUGCUGGUGCGCUUCUCAUUCGAAGGACCCACGCGUCGUAAUGCACGUAUGACUUCGUUCUUGUGCGUGUGCAUGACGCUCCUUG